AUGAUAAAAAUGUUUGAUAAUAUAGCAUCAUUGAAAUUUUCUAAGCAAUCAUCAAAAUCUGGAUCUAAUUUUGUUGAAAUGACCGCAAUGAAUUCAGCUGAGGGUGAAGUCAUGGAAUUUCGUCAACCACAACCUGUUACUGGUAAUGUUGAAAACUGGAUGACUGCAGUGGAACAAGAAAUGAAACGAAGUAAUAGAUUGAUCACAAAAGAAGCCGUGUUCUACUACCGAUCUAGUAAAUCAAGAGUUGAAUGGAUGUUCGAUUAUCAAGGUAUGGUUGUAUUAGCUACAAAUCAAAUAUGGUGGACAUGGGAAAUAGAAAAUGUUUUUCGUAAAAUAGCUAAUGGUAAUAAAAAUGCAAUGAAAGAUUAUUCACAAAUGCUUCAACAACAAUUAGAUGAUAUUGUUCUGUGUGUACGUGGUCCAUUAAAAAAGAACGAUAGAAAUAAACUAACCACCGUGUUAAUAGUUGAUGUACACGCAAGAGAUAUUGUCUCUGAUUUUGUACGUGAUAGUAUUAUGGAUGCUACAGAAUUUCAAUGGGAAUCACAAUUACGAUUUUAUUGGUCUAAAUCUACAGAUAAUUUAAUUAUUAAACAAUGUACUGGACAAUUUAAUUAUGGUUAUGAAUAUAUGGGAUUAAAUGGACGUCUCGUUAUUACACCGUUAACUGAUCGUAUAUAUUUAACAUUAACACAAGCUCUUUCUAUGUUUCUUGGUGGUGCACCUGCUGGACCUGCUGGUACUGGGAAAACUGAAACUACAAAAGAUUUAGCUAAAGCAUUAGGUUUACUUUGUAUUGUAACUAAUUGUGGUGAAGGUAUGGAUUAUAAAGCUGUUGGUAAAAUACUUUCUGGUCUAUGUCAAUGUGGAGCAUGGGGAUGUUUCGAUGAAUUUAAUAGAAUUGAUGCUUCUGUUUUAUCAGUUAUAUCGACACAAUUAAAAGUAAUACAAACGGCUUUAAUAAAUCAUGUAAAAGAUUUUCUCUUUGAAGGUAUUUCAAUUAAAUUAGAUUCAAGAGUUGGUAUUUUCAUCACUAUGAACCCAGGUUAUGCUGGACGAACAGAAUUACCAGAAUCAGUAAAAGCAUUAUUUAGACCUGUUGUUGUUAUUGUACCAGAUUUACAACAAAUCUGUGAAAUUAUGUUAUUUUCACAAGGAUUUUUAUCAGCUAAAAUAUUAGCUAAGAAAAUGACUACACUAUAUCGUCUGGCACGUGAACAAUUAUCAAAACAGCAUCAUUAUGAUUUUGGUUUGAGAGCAUUAAAAUCAGUCUUGAGAUAUGAAUUUGCCGAAAUUCAUUUUGAAGAUGCACCAUUAUUUUUAGCUUUAAUUCAAGAUCUUUUCCCUGGAUUAAAUUGUCCACGUGUACGUUAUCCUGAAUUAAAUGAUGCAGUUGAAUUGUGUUUAAAUAAAAAAGGCUAUACGGAAAAUCCAGUUCAAGCGGAUAAAGUUGUACAACUUUAUGAAACAAUGAAAACACGUCAUACAACUAUGGUAGUUGGACCUACAGGUGGUGGUAAGACAGUAGUUAUUAAUGCUUUAUGUGAUGCACAAACAUAUAUGGGAUUACCGACAAAAUUAUAUACAUUAAAUCCAAAAGAUAGAAGUGUCAUUGAAUUAUACGGUAUAUUAGAUCCUAAUAGUCGAGACUGGACAGAUGGUUUAUUAUCAAAUAUAUUUCGAGAAAUUAAUCGUCCAACAGAUAAACAAGAAAGAAGAUAUAUCCUGUUUGAUGGUGACGUUGACGCAUUGUGGGUUGAAAAUAUGAAUUCAGUUAUGGAUGAUAAUCGUCUGUUAACAUUGGCUAAUGGUGAACGUAUUCGAUUACAAUCACAUUGUGCAUUAUUGUUUGAAGUUGGAGAUUUACAAUACGCAUCACCAGCGACUGUAUCACGUUGUGGUAUGGUAUAUAUUGAUCCGAAAUAUUUAGGUUAUGAACCUUAUUGGAAGAAAUGGUUAAGUCAGCGUACAACUCAAUAUGAGAGAACUAUACUGAAUGAAUUAUACAAUAAGUAUAUACCGCCGAUUAUAGAUAGGAUUGUUGAGGGCAUUGCAGACGGUGAACAAGUGGAACGUUUAAAACGUGUCAUCCCACUAACAGAUUUAAAUUUAUUAAUACAAUUUUGUUAUUUACUCGACUGCCUAUUAAUCAAUAUCAAUGAACAAACAGAUUAUGCUCUGAUUGAAAGUAUUUUUCUAUUCAGCAUUUACUUUUGUAUUGGCGGAGCAUUAGUUGAAGAAGAACGAGAAAAAUUUGAUAAUUAUGUAAAAUAUUUAGCAAGUCUACCUGGACCAGCUGUUGAAGAAACAUUAAAUAAUCCAGCUGCUGCAGGAACUAUACCAAGUGUUGAGCCUAGUUUAUUUGACUAUUAUUUCGACAUAGAAAAACAUGUUUGGAUUCCAUGGCGUCAAUUAGUUCCUACUUAUAUACAUAAUAAAUCCAUUAAAUUUUCUGAGAUAUUAGUACCAACAAUUGAAACUGUUCGAAUUAACUGGUUUAUAGAAAAAUUAGUUCAUAUUCAUAGACCAUUAUUGUUAGUUGGUGAAACAGGAACAUCAAAAACUGCAAUUUGUCAAAGAUUUCUGCGGGAUAUCGAUCAAGAUAGAAAUCUAAUCUUAACAAUUAACUUUUCAUUUCGUACUACAUCAUUGGAUGUACAACGUAAUCUUGAAGCCAAUGUAGAAAAACGUAGUAAAGAUACAUAUGGACCAGUUUCAGGCAAACAAUUAAUCAUAUUUAUCGAUGACAUGAAUAUGCCACAAGUUGAUCAAUAUGGAACACAACAACCUAUUGCUUUAUUGAAAUUAUUAAUUGAACGAAAAGGUGUUUAUGAUCGUGGUAAAGAAUUGAAUUGGAAACGUAUGCAAUCCAUUGAUUAUUUAGCAGCGAUGGGUCGGCCUGAUGGUGGAAAACAAGAUGUAGAUCCCAGAUUUAUUUCACUGUUUUCUGUUAUUAAUAUACAAUCACCAUCAGAAAGUACAUUAUAUAAAAUUUAUAGUUCGAUUUUAACUGGACAUACGAGUGAAUUUGAUAGUGGAAUUAAAAAUUCUGUAAAUUUUGUCACAAAUAUGACAAUGAAGUUAUUUCAAUUUGUUAGUGUUCAAUUACCACCAACGCCAUCAAAAUUUCAUUAUGUAUUUAAUAUGCGAGAUCAUAGUCGAAUAUUUAAUGGAUUAUGCUUAAUGACUAUUGACAAGUUCAGUCGUAGAGAACAAUGUAUUCGUUUAUGGCUUCAUGAAGUUUAUCGUGUUGUCAUGGAUCGUUUAAUAAGUCAUAAUGAUAAACAAUUAGUUGAAAAAUAUAUAGAUGAAUUAUUACAAGAGAAUUGUAAAGAAAUUAAAGAAUAUGUAACUAAAAUGCCGAUACUAUUUGGUGAUUAUCGAAAUGCAAUGGAUGAAUCAGAGAUUCGUUUAUAUGAAGAUAUGAUCGAUUAUGAGAAUUGUCGAACUAUAGCUCAAGAAAUCUUAGAAAAUUAUAAUGAAAGUAUUGGUCAAUUACAAAUGAUUCUGUUUAAUGAUGCAAUUGAACAUUUCACGCGCAUUGAGCGUGUACUACGUAUGGAAAACGGACAUGCACUUUUAGUCGGUGUUGGAGGUUCUGGUAAACAAAGUCUUACUCGACUGGCAACUUAUGCCGCUAAUAGUACACUAUUUGAAAUUCAACUAUGUCGAGGUUAUGGUGAACGCGAAUUUCGUGAAGAACUAAAAACGCUUUAUUUACGACUCGGUAUUGAAAACAAAUCUACAGUUUUUAUGUUUACAGAUCAACAUGUUGUUGAAGAAGGUUUUCUUGAAUUGAUCAACAAUAUGCUGACAACAGGUUCAGUUCCUGCUUUAUUUGGUGAUGAUGAACGAGAGUCAAUAACAGGUCAAUUACGUGAUGAAGCUGUUGCGAUUGGAUAUCCUCCAACUCGUGAAUCUAUAUGGCAAUAUUUCAUACAAAAAGCAGCAUCGAAUUUGCAUAUUGUUCUAUGUAUGAGUCCUGUUGGUGAUACACUACGGACACGUUGUCGCAAUUUUCCUGGUAUUGUUAAUAAUACUACUAUUGAUUGGUUUUUCCCAUGGCCUGAACAAGCUCUGUAUGCUGUAGUCAAUGUACUUAUACCGGAACAAUUUAAUCUUGUACCUCAACAAUAUCGUGAUUCUGUUAUUGAUUAUUUUGUGGCUACACAUCAAAGUAUACAUAGUUAUACGGAAGAAUUUGCACAAACUUUAAGAAGAGUAAAUCAUGUCACACCAAAACAUUAUUUAGACUUUAUUCAUACAUAUAAGAGAUUAAUUACAGAAAAAGAUAAUGAUAAUGAAAAGCAAAUUAUUCGUUUACAAAGUGGUUUACAAAAAUUAGCUGAAGCUUCUAUACAAUUAGAAGAGUUAAAUGCUAAAUUAGCAGUACAACGUAUAGCUGUUACUGAAAAAACACAAGCAUGUGAAAAUUUAUUAAAUGAAAUUACUAAUAGUAGUCAAUUAGCUACAGAGAAAAAAGAACUAGCAGUUUUAAAAAGUAAAGAAAUUCAAAUUCAGUCUGUUGAAAUUGAACAAGAAAAAACGGAGGCUGAAACUGCCUUAGCUGAAGCUCUACCAGUUUUGGAACAAGCUCGUUUAGCUUUGGAUGAUUUAGACAAAUCAGAUGUCACUGAAAUUAGAUCAUUUGCCAAACCACCGAAAGCUGUACAAGUAGUUUCAGAGUGUAUAUGCGUGUUCAAAGGUUAUAAAGAGAUUAGUUGGAAAACAGCUAAAGGGAUGAUGUCAGAUACAAAUUUUCUACAGUCUUUACAAACUAUGGAUGUUGACAAUAUAACUUCAAAACAAUCAUCGACUGUGAAAGAUUAUUUAGAUAAGUCAAAAGUUACAAUGGAUGAAAUGAAAAGUGUCAGCAAAGCUGGUACUGGUUUAUUAAAAUUUGUUGUUGCUGUACUUGGCUACAGUGAAGUUGCACGUGAUAUUAAACCAAAACGAGAUAAAGUUGCAAAAUUAGAAAAAACUUUUAUGCAAGCUAAGAGAGAUUUAACUCGAAUCAAUACAGAAUUGUCUAAUCUGGAAUCUGAGCUAAUCAGUCUUAAUCGUCGCUAUGAAGAAGCAAUGGGUGAAAGACUUAAAUUACAAGAAGAGACAGAUAUCAUGGAGCGUCGUUUGAUUGCUGCAGAUAAAUUAAUUUCUGGUUUAAGCUCAGAAGAAAUUCGAUGGCUUAAGGAUUUAGAUGGAUUGAAAAUAAAACGUGUCAAAUUAUUGGGUGAUUGUUUAAUCAGUGCAGCAUUUCUUAGUUAUGUUGGUGCGUUUUCAUCCGAAUUUCGUACACGUAUGAUAUACGAAGAUUGGCAAACAUGGUUACGAGAAAGACAAAUUCCACUAAGUGAUCAGUUUCGAUUGGAAGAUAUUCUGACAAAUGAUGUAGAAGUAUCAAGAUGGAAUUCGGAAGGUCUACCACCAGAUGAACUUAGUAUACAGAAUGGGAUAUUAACUGUACAAUCCUCCAGAUUUCCUUUAUGUAUUGAUCCACAAGAACAAGCACUUCAUUGGAUAUGUCACAAAGAAGAGGCAAAUAACCUAAAAAUUUCUACGUUUAAUGACUCAGACUUUCUUAAACAACUUGAACUAGCAAUACGUUAUGGUAUUCCAUUUUUAUUUAAAGAUGUCGAUGAAUAUAUUGAUCCAGUUAUCAAUAAUGUAUUGGAGAAAAAUAUAAAAGGUGAUCAAAACCGUGCUUAUGUCAUUCUGGGUGAUAAAGAAGUAGACUACGAUCCUAACUUUCGUCUCUACCUCAAUACAAAACUGUCUAAUCCUCAAUACGGACCAGAUGUAUUUAGUAAAGCAACAGUUAUUAAUUAUACCGUCACUAUGAAAGGUUUGGAAGAUCAAUUAUUAAGUGUAAUUGUUAAAUCAGAACGAUGUGAGCUAGAAGAACAACGUGAAUUUUUGAUUAAAGAAACAAGUCAAAAUAAAAAGUUAUUGAAAGACUUAGAAGAUAGUUUACUACGUGAAUUAGCAACAAGUACAGGAAAUAUGUUGGAUAAUGUAGAAUUAGUUAAUACUUUAGAAGAAACAAAAUUAAAAGCAAAUGAAGUAUCAGAAAAAUUAGAAAUGGGUGCUAAAACUGCAAUUGAUAUUGAUAUAUUACGUGAUGGUUAUCGUCCAGCAGCAAAACGUGGAGCUAUUUUAUUUUUUGUUUUAUCAGAUAUGUCAUCAAUUAAUUCAAUGUAUCAAUAUUCAUUAACUGCAUAUCUUGAUGUUUUUCAAAUAUCUUUACAUAAAAGUAUGCCUGAUGUAGUUUUAAAGAAACGACUUCAAAAUAUUAUUAAUAAACUUACAUAUAAUGUAUAUACAUAUGGAUGUACAGGUAUUUUUGAAAAGCACAAACUUCUAUUCAGUUUUCAAAUAACCAGCAAGUUAGAAAUUAAUUUGGGGAAUUUAACUACGGAGGAAAUGGAUUUCUUUAUUAAAGGAAAUGUUUCUAUUGAGAAAACGAAAGACCCUAAUCCAUUGCCUGAUUGGUUACCUGAUUCUAGCUGGAAAGACCUUAGUCGGUUAAUUGAAUUAUUUCCAGAAUACUAUGGUUCAUUAAAAGAUGAUUUAGUGAAAACAAGUAAACAAUGGAAAAGUUGGUAUGAAUCAGAUAAUCCAGAAAGUAUAUCAAUUCCAGGGAAUUAUAAUGAACAAUUAAGUAAAUUUCAACGACUUUGUUUACUUCGAUGUUUUCGUAUAGAUCGAAUUUAUCGAGCUAUUACAUUAUAUAUUACAGAUAUAAUGAGUGAAGAUUUUGUUAGUCCACCAAUAUUAAAUUUUACAACAAUAUAUGAACAAACUACAUGUAGAUCACCAAUAGUAUUUAUUUUAAGUCCUGGUUCAGAUCCAACAUCCGAUUUAAUUAAAUUUGCUGAAAGACAAAAUUUUGAUAUAAAUCGUAUAAAAUUUUUAUCUAUGGGUCAAGGUCAAGAGAGAAAUGCUCAAAAUCUAUUAGAAUUAUCUAUUAUCCAUGGUAAUUGGUUAAUGUUACAAAAUUGUCAUUUAUUAAUAAAAUGGUUAAUUAUUUUAGAAAAAUAUAUUGAAAAAUUAAUAAAACCACAUCCAGAUUUUCGUUUAUGGUUAACAACUGAACCAUGUGAUACAUUUCCAAUUGGUAUAUUACAACGUUCAUUAAAAGUCGUGACAGAAUCACCGAAUAAUUUAAAAUUAAAUAUACGUUCAACAUAUUCAAAAAUCUCAUCAUCCUCAUUAUUUAAUGAAUAUUCUCAUUCAAUAUUUCCAAUAUUAAUUUAUACAUUAACAUUUUUUCAUGCUGUUAUACAAGAACGUAGAAAAUUUGGUAAAAUUGGUUGGAAUAUUAUAUAUGAUUUUAAUGAAUCCGAUUUUCGUGUAUCUAUGCAAAUAUUAAUCACUUAUUUACAAAAAUCUAUACAUGAAAAUGAAAUAAAAAUUCCAUGGGAUAGUUUAAAAUAUUUAAUUGGUGAAGUAAUGUAUGGUGGACGAGUUAUUGAUGAAUAUGAUAGACGUAUAUUAAAAACAUAUAUGAAUGAAUAUUUUGGUGAUUUUAUAUUUGAUACAUAUCAACCAUUUUGUUUUUAUUCAUAUAAACAUUUUCAAUAUUCUAUUCCAAAUGGUAAUACACGUGAUGAAUUCAAUCGUUAUAUUGAAUCGCUCCCACUAACUAAUACACCUGAAGUAUUUGGUCUUCAUUCAAACGCUGAAAUAGGUUAUUAUACAAAUGCAACCAAAGAAAUUUGGAGUUAUCUACUUGAAUUACAACCACAGACAAGUAGUCAAACAAAUUCAACAAAUCGUGAAGAGUUCAUUUCACAAAUAACACAAGGUUUAUUAACUAGUCUACCACAAAUAUUUGAUAGAGAAGCUUUAAGAAAAAAAUUAGGCGUAAAUAUACCACCAAUUACAGUUGUUUUAUUACAGGAACUAGAGAGGUUUAACUUACUCAUCAAACGAAUGGAUCAAACGCUUAGAACAUUGAAACGUGCAUUGAAUGGGGAAGUUGGUAUGUCAGCCGAACUUGAUAAUGUCGCACGUUCCCUAUUUAAUGGCCAACUCCCAAGCAUAUGGCAGCGUUUAGCUCCAGCGACUAAAAAGUCUUUAGGCAACUGGAUGAUACACUUUCAUGAUCGUCAUAAACAAUACACUACUUGGAUUGAAAAUGGUGAUCCAGGUGUCAUUUGGUUAUCAGGUCUACAUAUUCCUGAAUCGUUUCUGAUGGCUUUAAUUCAAACAACAUGUCGUCGCAAUGGAUGGCCAUUAGACAAAAGUGCAUUAUUUACAGCAGUAACUCAAUAUACAGAUUCUACUGAAAUACAAGAACGAGCACAUCAAGGAUGUUUUGUUCAAGGACUGUAUUUAGAAGGUGCAAGCUGGGAUUUAGCUAAAGGUUGUCUGAAACGUCAAAAGUCACGACAAUUAGUUCAACCCUUGCCAAUUCUUCGAGUUAGUGCCAUUGAAGCGCAUCGUUUAAAAUUACAAAACACAUUUUGUACUCCAGUUUACGUUACUUCAGAAAGACGGAAUGCAAUGGGAGUUGGAUUAGUUUUUGAAGCUCAUUUAAAAACUGAAGUUCAUCCAAGUCAUUGGGUGUUACAAGGUGUAUGUCUUACUCUAAACGCUGACUAG